AUGUUUAAAUGUUACGGUCACAUAGCGCCAAAAACUCAUUGGGGUAAAGUGGUCACUAUUUUAUACGCCAUAUUGGGCAUACCGUUAAUGCUUUUAUGUUUGUCGAACAUUGGUGACGUCAUGGCUCAUUCGUUUAGAUUUAUUUACUGGAGAGUUUGCUGUUAUAUGUGUACGAGAAAACCUAAAAGAGUUCCUAGCAGAAGAGGAAGAUCGAUGAGAAGUACAAUCAGAUCAAGCGGAGGACGUUAUUCCGGACGAUAUAGAUCGUAUAAACAUCCUGGAAUGAGAACGUCAACAAGAUCGGCGGACAGUGCUUUAGGCUUAUCAGAAACUAUAACGAGGUCAUCGUAUUCGGAUACCGAAUGCAGGUACAACGACACCGAAUUAAACGGUUUAAGACAACCGAGAUCUCAACCAACGAGAUAUUCCGAGGCCGUUGCCACGACACAUGCCGGUGAUAUAAUGGCACCUCCAAUAACAAACGUAUCUCCGACAAGUUCAAAAAAAGAAUCGAAACAACAAACACAAAUGGUACCUGAUUACGAAAGACCGGAAAUGUACGAUCCCUUUUAUCUAGGUACACCCGUUUUAUUUAAUAAAUAUGCCAUAGAUAGAAACGAAUCGUCGAAAGGUAGAACAUUCGAGAAAUUCGAACAUAAUCCACACACAUUACCUAGAAGGCAUUACCAAAAACAGCAACAUCAUCAUCAUCACCACAGAUCUCUUGAAAAUGCACCGUAUCAGGUACCGCCUUCGUACGAAGUGCAUAAUAAAAAAAAUUUAGAAAUUGAAAAACCUGAUAGGUUAUCACCACCGUCACACGUGCAUACAAAUCGUAGGGGUCACACGUCAUCAUCUCCCGGUAUAAUGUCUCCGAUGGGUUUUGCUGUCGCUCGUCACAAUUAUAAAUCCCCAAGGACAAAUAAAAUCCGGGAAGAUGUCGGGAGUGACGCACGAUACGAACAUUACGAUUUCGACGAUUACGAUUACGAUGCCAAUUCAAGCAGUCAAGCAGCCAAAAUAAAACCUGUACCUAUAUGGUUAUGCGUUUUUCUAGUCGUCAGUUACAUAUUCGGUGGCGCUUUUCUAUUUUCCGAAUGGGAAAAUUGGCAUUUUUUAGAUUCCGCUUAUUUUUGUUUCAUUACAUUGACAACAAUAGGUUUUGGUGAUUUCGUACCUGCUCAAAGAGUACAAAAAAAUGCUGAGAUUUCAAUUGCUUUGUGUUCUCUUUAUUUAUUAUUUGGCAUUGCUCUUUUGGCAAUGAGUUUUAAUUUGGUACAAGAAGAAGUCAUUAAUAACGUUAAGGCCGUUGCUAAACGUUUGGGCGUUAUUAAAGAAGACGACGACGACGAAGAUGAUGUUUAG